CUCAGUGUUUGUGUGUGUGUGUGUGUGUGUGAGUGAGUGAGUGAGUGAGGGGAAUAUUCUCCAUGUCCGAUACACAGGAGAUGAAUUAUGUGCGCUGUGUUGACCGUAAACGACCGCUGGUUCCAUCAAACGGUCGGCCGAGAAACAGCUGUGAGAAAUGGGAAAAGGACUUGCAGACCGUUUUAUGCGUUUUGCCUCUGUGGUCCCAGCUGCGAUUUUCAUUCAGCUUACAGGCCUUCAUUACGCACAACUAAAUAGAAAACAAAACUGAACGUGUAUGACAUUUAAAUAAAAUACUACAGAUUCAGAAUAAACUCCACAACUCUUGUCAUUCUGGCACUGGGGGAGUGGCUGAGUGCAUAAGUUCGUCAGCAGACACCACCAUCUACUUUUCCCGUCUGAGAAAUGUUCCACGCUUCAGGUCCGAAUUAGUUUAAUGUGCCAUUCGCCCAUAGUCAGUUCUCGGACUGAUGAGAAAAGAUAAUUUAGCCAGCCAUCAAUGUAAAGUAAUCACUCAUACUCCUGCCGCGCACACUUGGGCAGUUCCGCUGGGCUUUAAUUAAUGCUGGGAGACUAGCUUUUCGUUUUCCCCAGUGAUGUGACCACUACAACCUCUCCGACGAACAUCAUCGCUGCCUGGAAUUGUCGCCCAGUCUUCACACACGCAUCGUAAGCGUGCGGGGGAGAUUUAUAGGGGGCUUUAGCCCGCGAGAUCAGCAGCUGCAAUUACUCCGCGCGAAGAUCCGGGGAACAGCUAGCUGCUCAGACGUACGGUGGCCCUAGGCGUCCGUGACUGUCAACGAGGCAGAUACGCCAGGGAAGGUUGCGAAUUCCUCCCGGUUGUUACGGCUGAGAAGGGCUUGAGCUUGCUCGCAGGAUAAUGGGAAACGGCUUCGUUACGAGGAGCUGUAAUUUCCAAGUUGCAGACCGACAAACGGGUGGGCUUCACUGAGAGUGCACCUGUUUCGUGUGGUUUGGGAGUCUUACGCACACGGGGCUCGUUUUCCUCGCCGAAAACAGACGGAGUGUCUACUAAAUAACAACCUCGCUGUGGAAAAUAAAAGCCUACUUGUGAUAUUUGUAAUAUACGUGAGCGCCCUUUAAUCGUCGCCGCAGCCAUCCUUUUGGAAGUUACAAUAUUUGUAUUCCCUUGCUACUGAUGUUCAGCACACCAAAGGAGGUACGACUGAUGUGAAGUUGAGACAGCUAAUUUCUUUUGAAAGUGGUGGACUAACUUACUAAAGGGAUUACUGCGCCAAUGACUCUUCAGAGAGUUUGACGGGACACGUAAUUUUAAUUAGACACCGCGUGUUAUUCCGGUUGAAAAGCCUACAUGGAAUCAACAACUUGAAAAGGAAAUACGUUUUUUUUUUUUUUCAAAUAUAAUAUUUUUGUCUUCUUCUGGCAUGCUUGGCUACAGUGACAUUAGCUCCGUGUGCUCCUCAUGUUGAAGCCGUUGGGUACACUAAGAGUCGACCAAACUAUCCCCAAACAUCAGCCUGAGGCACUGGGAAACACCUGCCAACUUCACCCGAGCCCUUGGGCUGAGUAUCCUCAAGCCCGUACCUCCUGCCUAUGUGAUCUGCUUCAUUUCUAAGGUUUCUGGAGGGUGUUGAUGGAGAGGAUUUCGAAUGACAGCCGGGACAGUGGUCAUCACAGGAGGAAUUUUAGCAACAGUUAUCUUACUAUGUAUCAUUGCUGUACUGUGCUACUGUAGGCUGCAGUAUUAUUGCUGUAAGAAGGAGGAGUCGGAGUCGGAGGAGGAGGAGCCCGACUUCGCCGUGACGUCCCGCCUCCCGCCCGUGCAUUCCAACCACAACCUGCUGGCGGCAUCUGCAGCCACGGCAACGGCCACCCACGGCAUCGGGGUCGGCGGCGGUGGCGCCAUUGCCACGGCCAAUGGCCCAGUGGCCCUGUUCACGCCCCCCGUGACGCGCAAGCUGACGCGCUCGCACACCUUCUGCCCAUCGUGCACGUCGCGCUACGAGCUGCCCUUCUACCUGCAGCCGCCCGAGGGCCUGCGCAACGGCGGCGAGCGCCUCAGUUACCGUGCAGUGCAGCAGCAGGAACUGCAGCUGCCCGUGGAGAUGCCCGUGCCUAGGUACGCGCACCCACAAGCCUUGCACCCGCAGUCCUUGCACCCGCAGGCCCUGCACCCGCUAGCAUCGGCCAGCAAGCUCAACCUGACAAGAUCCGUCACCAUGCGCGAGAUGUUCACGCGCAGCUGCAGCAUCAGUACCGAUGUCUAGCACUGGACCUAACUGAAUUGGACCGAACCGGAUCGGAACACGACUGAAUAGUUAAACUGGAUUGGGCUGGUGCUGAGGCAGUUGUGGGGUUGGGGGUGUGACUGAAAGGUGCCAUUUUUUUUUUUUUGGAGAACUCUGUCUAUGCAGAGAUGAACCACGUUGCACGAAUCAGACAUCUCUUCCCUUUGUGUCUUCUGCUCUCUGUGGACAUCAUUAGGAGUAUCACUUUGACAGGUUACCUAUCAGCUUCUCCCAGUGUCAGAGGCUUCGGAAGGGUGGGGUUAACUGGGGGGAGGGAGCAAGUAACUUCAGUCAUGUUGCAGUCCGGCCUUCAGAGGAUGAGUUCAAGCUGCUAAAAGGGUGAGGGGAUCAUACAGGAUCUGAACAAACCUUUUUUGGGUUUCUCCUCACCCCUCGUACCACCUUUGAGCCUCUUCACAGGACCUCUAAAGCCUGUGCAUGAGGUACAUCUAUUCAAAUCCCACUCAAUAUGGGAGAUGUUUUGGAAUCGCACACCCACAUAACAAACAGGUUUGCAAAAGAGUUUUUUUUUUUUCAAAGCCAGAAAUAUAUAAAGUUGGAACCAGCUCAUUUGGUGUCAUGGAGAGGAGGUAGGCAGGUGACCCUGUCCUGCUCCCAUGGGGGCCCAGUUAAGCACAGUGGUGAAGCCUGGGAUUGAGGAGUGACCUCACACACUUUGACCAUAUCCUGAAGGAAAAAAGGGUUUUUUUUUGUAACAUUCUUUUGGCUUCUGGGAUGGGUGAAGGCGAAGCAUCUUACAGCUACCAACCUGACAUUUCUAUACACACUCUUGAGAGUUAUACCGUAGCUACUUGGAGCUCUCGGGUCCUUGCAAUAAUAACAUAGGCAAUGAUUAUACAUGAGCAGACAAUGUGUGAUCAAAAGCUUUUUUAAUAUAGGAUUCAUGGAUAUUAAUUUGUGGGCAACUAUUGAGUGUUACAAUUACUAUUCGAGUAUAGACUAAAAAUAACCAGUUGAUAUAUAUUUCUCUCUGAGCUGUUUAGUUUUGUUUUGCUUUGUUUUGUUUUCUAUUUGUUCGCUUAUAUUAUUUACUCUGGAAUUAAUGAAUCUCAGCUGUUUCUCUCUGCUGCAUAAAUCAGCAUCUUGGAAAAAAAACUGAAACUGAAAUAGUUUUCUUAGUGUGGCUUUGAAUUGUCCCUUCCUGCUCUCCAUCCGUUUUUCUCCCCCAAGGCAAAGGGAUGACAUUUAUCUGAAGGGCUUGGAAAACUACAGUAUCUUUCUCCUCUGAACUUCUUUGCCGUCGCUGGGAGGAGAAUUCUUCUCUCUCGGUCUGACUCGAUGGAAAGACGGCCAUCUUGCGAUGUGUUCACCACGCGUUCAUUUACCCCUGGCUUUGGACCUGCACACUUUUGUUCCCCCAGCCGACGUUACCUCAGCACUGAUGAUCGGGAGCUUACUGCGUUGCUGCUCUGCUUCAACUCAACCCCACCGUUUAUUACUGAGAUUGAUUCCCGCCCCACCCCCCGUUCCUUCCUGUUUGCACACAUAGACGGUGAGUUGGGGAGGAUUACCAGGUUCUCCCUGAUCGUGAUUGUGUCAUGUGCCCUGACAAGCUUGCCACCAUCUUCACUCCCAAGCGCUCCACACCUCGACUUCAACAGAACCCAUGCAGUCACACAUGAACAUUUAAAGAAUCAUAUACAUACAUAAUGUACACCCCCCCCCCCACACACACACACACACUCACACACACACAUACAAAUCCAGAUGUUUUCUUUUAACAGGAAUUUUUACAACAUAUUGAGUUUUGUUUAAGUGAAACAACUGUAUGAAAAAAGUAUACAGUGACCAUUGUUGUUAUUCUUAUUGUUCUUAUUAUUGAUAUGAUUCUCAUUAUUAUAAUCUGUGUUCAUCUGAAUCUUUGCUGCAUUGUUUUAUCUCAGUAUGCAAGAUGCUUUCAGCUUUCAACGCUUUCUAUUCUUGUGUUCCUGUUCUGAGGUGAUACAAGCCUUUUACUGUCAUUGGUUUCAAGUGUACCAAUAAUGAACACGGUGUUGUUAAUAAAAAUUAAAAGGCUGAAAAAUC